AUGACUCAACAACAUGGUGUGAUAGCAACCAAGGCAUUGCCUGUCGACAAGACAAGGCGUAAACGUCUCAAGGUGGUUAGCGCUUGUAGCGAAUGUAGACGCAAAAAGACAAAAUGCAAUGGAGAGCAGCCUUGCACAGGGUGUAUAAAGGCUCGGGUAGAAUGCAAGUAUAUCAGCUCUCCCACCAAAGGCACAACCGGUCAUUCAUCAAACCGCCAAGCACAACAACAAAAACAGCAACUCAUUUCUCUUAAUACAACUACCACUACUAAUACCAAUGCCUCUGCUGCUGGUCAUCGCGCGCAUCAACUAUCUCGGCAUCAACAACAACAACACCAUGAUCCCGCCAAUAAUAACCACUAUACAACCAACAGCAACAAUAAUAACACCGCAACAACAAUGAGCACGGCAUCUUCAUCAUCACACCAACAACAACAACGAUACAAGACCUCACACAUUCAAGCUAUUGAGCAUCGCUUGGUGGUUAUUGAAGACAUCUUACGUGCCAUAUUAAGCUCCAAUCACCAUGGCGGCAGUGGUAGUGGCAAUGGUAGUCAUGCUUCACCUCCUCCAAGCAGCACAUUGUUACUAGCCUUAGAUCAAACACACAACCAUACUGCCAGGUGCAGUAAUAACAAUGGUGUAACGAUGAUGAUGACAUCUUGCGGCAAGGAGCAUGAACAACAGCAGCAUCAGCAUCAGCAACAGGAGCCGGAUCGAGUCACAGUGGGAUCCAUAUCGUCGUCUUCAUCUUCGUCGUUGCCAUCGUCUCCCCCUCAUUAUCACCAACAUUCUCCCACUUCAGCAACAGCGGUGAUAGGUAAUAGUGGUGCUGGUACGAGUGCUCCUGUAUAUCCUCCCCCUUCUACUACCGCCCCUGUUGCUCCUGUUCCUAAUGUGCUAGCCGCCGGUGCACAACCGAAAGGAGCAUAUCGUCAUUUACCAUCAUCCUACAACAGUAUGACAACACCUGGUAGUAUAUCAUCAACAUUACCCCUGUCAUCACCACCAUCAUCAACAACAGCACCUUUGGGCGGUUAUACAUCAACAUCAUCUAUCCAGCUGGCACCUAUUCGCCAUAAUCGUGGUGAUCAACAACACCCAUCUUCAUCAUCAUCUCCACACCUUUUGUCGAUCCAUACUCCUUCUUCUUCUUCAAUUAGCAAUUUGCUCAAUAAUAACAACAGUGCACAGCAACGCACGGAUACGCAUGAGCCCACUUUUACCAUAGCAACUACACCACAGCCACCCCUUGUUUACUCCUCAUCAUCAUCAUCACGCCCCUCAUCCAGCACAGCGGCUACUGCUGCUGCUGCUGCUGCCAAUCUAUUGACAUCAUUUGAGCAGCAAUAUGAUUCGAAUGAUGCCUCCUUUACUUCUCCUCAUCCGUUUGCUCCUCAUCGUACUUCACCACCAUCUCCCCUUCAUCCAUCCGCUUUUCAACGUGUCGCCACUACACCAUCCACUGCUGCUGCUGCUGCUACUACGAGUAGCCUUUCUUAA